GAUGUCAGCCAAGGGAAGGUGGGCAGCCAGAGAGUCUGGGAGGGACAGGGCAGGGGUGGCUGAUGGAGCUGUGGCUGGUGAGCGAGGGAUGAACCAGGAGGCAGCACUGGGGUGCGAGGCAAGUGGGCCAGAGCCAGUGGGGGCCGAGGGCCAGGGGGAGGCAGAGUGGGAGUGGGUCACAAUGCAUAUGGUGUCCUCAGGGCACGAAGAAGUCCGUAGAGCAACGUCCCCUGGGGAACAGCUGACUGCAGAAACCUCCCCAAACACCCCUGCCCAUGGGGAUGGGGGAAUGGAGCUGAUGGGAAGAGAGUCUGCAGGCGGCGAGGGGCUGUGCUUGGGCACCCAGCCACAGCUGGCAGGUCCUGGGACAGGGGCAGUGGAGGGCAAGGACGAGCAGCAGGAGGGGAUGGAGCAGGCGGGAGUGAAAACAGAGGGAGAACAGCAGGGUCCUUGUGAAAACACGAGAGAGAGCGAGGUAGUGGCUGUCUUGGCAAGUGCAGAGAACUCUGCUGGGGCCGGGCAACAGAGGAAGGACAGUCCCGUCGUCGGAGGGAGCCCAGGAGCUGCUGAUGUGGGUGAGAGGAGCCCCAAACCCCGUCAGGACAGUGUAAACCCAGACCCAAUCAUCGUAUCCGCAGAACAGUCCCAUGAUGGGGAAGAAACUCUGCUCUGAGCUUUUUCAGCAGCUCCUCAAUGCUGUGUCCUGUAACAUUCACACAAUUAGCUGUGGGUUUGUGCCAGCUGGGAUGUCACUCCUCUGUUGACUGCGCGAGUACCACAACCACCUGUCACAUUUCACCAUAGCAGCUCCUCAGUGUGCAGCAGACAACUGAAACGAGCCUGUGUUUGCCAGCCCAGGAAACAGUGCUGCUUCAGAAUUAUGAAGACAGUAAUCACCAGGAUUGUUCCACAGCUGUCAUGCUUGUUUUUCCCAAAACCAGAGGAAUACUGGACUGGCUGAACUUUCCCUCCUCCCCCAUGCAUCGCUCCUGCGGGCAGGCAGGAGGAUGAGGGCAGAUGUGCUGUGUGUGUUUGUCUGUACAGGGUGCCCAUGUCUGAGUGUAUCUGUCAUUUUUUGGGGUGUCUUUGCCUUUCUGAGCUGCAGCCUUUUGUCAGUCAGGCUGUGUCCUCACUGCUGUGCAUGGGGCACUUGUGCAUGCCAUUGUUUGAUUCUGGUAAGAUCAUCCAGGGACGUUCAGCAGAGAUGCAAUGGCAAGAUCAGAGGUGAAGGAGGCCUCACACGAGGGUUUUAGCCUGGGGACUUCCCCACCCCAGAUUAGGGGAGGGUAGCUCUCCUGCAUGCAGAGUGCCCCCUGUGCUGGGGGGCAUGAGGGGCUUCUGUCUCAGGGAUCCACACUUGCUGUUGGCCACAGUUCAGGGCAUGCUUGGCACUUUGAAAUGUUGAGAGUUGUUAAAUCAGAACAAUUCUAACAAGUAUUUGUAAAUGCAUAAAGCCUGGCCUUUUGCUUUUGCUUGUGUCAGUCAGAAGUGACUUCCUGGCCCAUGGAGCCUGGGCUGAGGCUGCAAGAGGGUGGUCAGUGUAGAGCUGUCUCAGCCUGGCAGUGGCUGCCCUUCUCUACUGCCUGAGGCUCUUCUCAGCUCUCCUGCACCUCUAUGGGCCCACCAAGACCUUUCUGAGCUGGGCACCUGGGGCUGGGUGUGCAGCAGCCUCUGGGCACUGUUUGGUGGGCACAGGAGACUCAGCCCCACACAGUAGGGACUGUAAUUGCAUUUCAAGUAGGAAAAUGAGGCUGAAAUGAGUAGGAUUUUGAGUGGAUUGGUUCUCUGAGUCACUUCAGAUCAAUAUGCAUGGGAGUGGAAACUCAAAUGUGAUCAAGUGGUUGCUGUGUUCCCUCUAUUAGAGGCAGUUGCAUUUGUACGUGCAGUCUGUGCACAUUCCUGCUAAGGACCAUCUCAGAAGGUUGUGUUUUCUGUAUACAUAUCAGACCUGCACAUUCACUUGGGUCUAUUAAACACCUGUACCAGUCUGUGCAGCUCCU